CUUUAUUCUUUUUCUUCUCUUCUGCUUUUUGAUAGCAGCCUUCGAUAAUUUCUCAAUUUUUACUCUUGUUAUACGCUUCCCGUAUUCCCUAAUCAGUCAUCAGACAGAUAUUCCAAUCAUAUUAAGCCGAAUAAGCAUAGUUGAUAACCAAGCAAUUAGCAUAUCAUUUUUAUAUAGCAUUUCGCAAUACUACAAAGUAAUUCAAUUCGAGUACGAUAAUACAGAGACAUUGUUGCUACUGCAAAGAUAAUGCUACUGGACUCGUAAAGCCCAAUUCUCACAUCAGCACAUUGAAUUUUCUAUUAAACCAGCAAACAAAUAGUAGACCACAUCUAUUACUAUAACUUAUUCACUUCUUCAGAAACGAACUCAGAAGAGUAAUAUACCAAAUAUGAGCAUGUCGAUCAGUCAAAUAUUACAACCAGAAAGUCAAAAUCCAGAUAACAGCAAAAAGAAAAUGCACAGCAAAGUGAAAAUCUUCUACACGUUCAAGGGUUCAGAUACACAUUGCUUUUGUACUUUCGAUAUUGAUUUAGAUGAUCUCAAUGGCCGAAAAUGGGUGGGUGUUCCUUUGAAGCAAUGUGUUGCUUCUGUAUGCUCGUCAAGUCCAGAUCAAUUGGUCGACAGCAAUACUGCUGUUUACAGCGCCAAUUUUGAGGAAAGUAUUACUGUUGAGAACUGGUCUCAUCUACACGACUCCCGCUCCAAUAUUAUUUGGGAGGGCCACGGAGAUGUGACGAACAUCUUAAACGAUAAUGAAAAAAACCCCCUGUUAACAGGCAAAGUAGUACCUGCUGAUGAGUUUAGCUCAUAUAAGUUCUACAUAGAAGUGCUUUUGCAAUUGCAUCCAAUACGACAUGUACAGUCUCACAGCAAUACAAAUAGUACAGAAAAAAACGCGCAUUCAUACCUUCCGCCAGUGCAUUCCUUGUGGUCAAAUAAGCUGAUCGCAACUAGCGAAUCGCCCUUGUCGCAGUCAGCAACUUCGUAUCCUUCUUCAUCAGCAGUUGUAGAACGGCCUUUCAUGUCGGCACUGUAUCAUCUUUCUGAAUCUCACUCAUCAUUUAAUCUGCACCAGCAACAUCAACAGCAGCAGUAUCAAACUAAACAUGAGUUGCGUGAGUCCUGUCCUUCAAUCAGUAAGUCUCCUCUCAGAACCGAAGACUUAUUAGUAAAGGAAGUAGAUCAAAAGUGCUCACCACCUUACCAUCCUGGUCAUAUCAACACGCAAUCGUCGUCAUCUUUUAUCGCAAAAAAAGUGAGUCAAUGUGAAAAUGCUAGUAACAAACAGUUUCCAUCUGCCAUACAUCUGACUGUAGGUAAUUAUCAAAGUCUCGAUAAAAAAAGAAAGCUCAGUUCAACCCCAAGAAAGCAUCAACAACAGCAACAGCAUCAGAUGCAACUUCAAACCCCUUCUCUUGGCGCAUUCUCCUACCAAAAUCAUAAGCAGCAACAACAACUGAUGCGCUAUAAAAGCGAUACUGGUAACGACAGUGUCGAGAACAGUAAUACUGAUGACUCUAAAAGCAAUAGUGGCCUUACAGGACUACAUCAUCAACAUCAACACCACUUUCGUACUUCUUCAGCGAUGUCUCACCAGCAUACAUCAUCAUUUUCAACGCCUACUCCAACCAUAAUCCGCGACUUAUCACCGAACAAUACUUUGAUGAAGCCUAGCAUGGACACAUUCUAUCAUCAAUCACGAAGGAAAAAGAGAGAUACGAAACCGCCCAAUGUAAACGAUAUCCGUCCAUUUGUAGAAAUUGAAAGAAAGCCUGACGGAAGUUAUGUUCUCCCUGCAGAAGUAGACUCAUGGACAGUUCUAGAUCUAGGCACUGUGAUAUGGAAUAAAGCAGCUUUUCACAAUCAAAGAUAUAUUUAUCCAGUCGGAUAUCGCGUGAAAAAAUGGUAUCGUAGCAUGGUAAACCCUCAUAGUGAUACUCAAUAUACCUGCGAAAUUCUAGACGGUGGAGAUGAGCCUAUUUUCCAGUUACAAGCUGAUGAUAACCCUAGUGAAUGUUGGCGUGGUCCAACUCCUACGACGGUGUGGACAAUCGCUGUCAGAAGAGCAUUUGCUAUUCGUAAUAUGGAUUACGGUCAUAAUCCCGUUGGUCCCGACUUUUUCGGUCUUCGUAAAAAUACAAUUGCUAAAAUGAUUCAAGACCUACCAAACGCAGAUAAAUGUAAGAACUACAUUUGGCAAAAUUUUGAAGCCAUGACACACUCAAAAGGGAAAACCGUUAGAAGGAAUACAACAACAAGCUGUUUACAGACAGAUAAUAAUAGUAGUUUUAGCAGUAGUGGUAGUAGUAACAAUAAUAACUCUACCCCGUCAGUCAGCUCCACGAGACGCAUCACUACGUAUGAUAGUACCAAUAAUGAUAUGCUUUCUAUGCAUCGUCAACAGCAACAGCUUGACAGCGAAAGAAAGAGCGAAGAUAUGGUUCUAUGCGAGGCGAACGGUUUUAAAGUCAAUUAAUUCUUAUGUACUCGUUCGACAGUCAAAAUAAUACUUUUUACUGUUGCAUUCUUGUUUGUAUAAUAUCUUUAUGUACCCUGAUCCGGAGCUGUUUGUGGCCUAUUAAUGACGGCUUAAACUGUACAAUACUGUGUUAUUAAUACCCCAUUUGUAGUCUUUUCUCCCCUUAAAAAGCUAAUUCUCUGUAUAAAUAGGAGUAAUACUUCUAAUCCCGUAAUAUACUAGCUCUCAUAUAAUACCAAUAAAUCUAGAUGAAUGUAUACUCGACAAAUGUUAUUUGAGGGUAUGAAUGCAAAGGCCAAAACGCGCUGUCAUCAUCAGUAUCGACC